AGUCAUCGGUUGCAUAUAAAUGAAUGGGAAGAAGACUACAUUUCCUCUAAUAUUGGAUGAAAGCUUUUUUUCCGGGAUUCGAUUUAAAUGCCCGCAUUGGUAAUUUAAAAGUCUGUAACUGCUCCCAAUAAUACUCUACUUACCAAACUGCCAGAGUCUGAAGCUGCUCCCAAUAAUUCUCUAAUUACCGAACUGCCAGGAUCUGCGGCUGAUAAUUAUUACUCAACUGCUGUAACACCAGAGUCUGUAGCUGCACCCAAUAUGAUUCUAAUUACUGAACGGCCAGAGACUGCAGGUGCUACCAAUGAUGAUCUAAUUACCGAACUGCCAGAGUCUGAAGCUGCUCCCAAUAAUACUCUAAUUACCGAACUGCCAGGAUCUGCGGCUGAUAAUUAUUACUCAACUGCUGUAACACCAGAGUCUGUAGCUGCACCCAAUAUGAUUCUAAUUACUGAACGGCCAGAGACUGCAGGUGCUACCAAUGAUGAUCUAAUUACCGAACUGCCAGAGUCUGAAGCUGCUCCCAAUAAUACUCUAAUUACCGAACUGCCAGGAUCUGCGGCUGAUAAUUAUUACUCAACUGCUGUAACACCAGGCUCUGUGGCUAAUGACAAUGAAUAUAGAAAUGACAUGAGGGCAGUGGCUCCUGAGAUGUCUAGUCAUUUUCAAGGACAAUUGAAUCCAGCAGACAUCGUGUUUGGACCGUGUAGUGUUACCUGUGGAAUUGGAGUUCAACAAACUCUAAGAACUAAGGGCUGCCCUGGAAAUCAAAAACAAUGUGUUUUAGGCGUAAAUGAGUGUAAAAGGGACCCAGAUUGUGGUUACGGUUCGGUUGUACCACGUGGCCGCGCCAAAGCUUUGCUUUAUUGUGCUACCAUCACAUCAGGAUUCAGGUUUACAUACAGAUGGCAACGAAUUGAGGGUAAUAAUGAGCCGUUAACUCUGAAAAAUACUCGUUCUGUCAUUGAAGUGAGACGAAAGAAUUAUCCCGUGGAUUACCAGUGUGACACUUAUGAAAACGAUUUGAUCACUAGCACAGUACGAUUUACUGUGCAUCAAUCUCCAGGGUUAGAUGAACAUGCUUAUUCAAAGAAAGGCUCGCAACCCAUUUUCAUCAGUGUAGGAGUUCUGACCACAUUGUGCUGCAUUUUCCUUGUAUAUGAAUUGUACAGUAAAAUUAUGUCGAAACGCUGCAAGGAAAUAGAUGCAGAGAGCUGCCAAGGCCCAUCUGCAGAUUCUGCUCCAACCCUGGCACCACAGCCUCAACCUGAGCCAGAACCGGAACCAGAAACUGAGCCUAUAGCAGAACCUGAGCCAGAACCAGAACCAGAACCAGAACCUGAGCCGGAACCAGAGAAAGAGCCAGAACCAAAGAAAGAGUCAGAACUGGAACUAGAACCUGAACCGGAACCAGAGGUUGAACCUGAGCCAGAACCGGAACCAGAACCAGAACCAGAUACAGAGCAUGGUUCUGAGCAGGAGCAAGAAGACUGAGCCUGCUCAAGCAUAAAUGACUGACACAUAGAAAAGUGACUGCAGUACUGAUUAUGGACUUCCAUCGAUCCUCUACAUAGAAAACAAACUUUCAAACCAAAUAUACAUGUAACCAAAAAAAGCGUACUGUAGUAACUGCUUGAUCUGCCUCUCCAGCUAUCAUAUUGAAAACACUUUAAGACAAACAUUUUGAAGAACUGAUAAAUAAUUUAAUAUGUGUGUGUGUGUGUGAGUGUGUGUGUGUGUUUAAAUAUGUGCAGUUUGUACUGAUAACUUUGCUUAGUCUUUAACAGAUAUCACAUGUAUACGUGUCUCAUUUAAAUAUAGAAAUCCUUUUGCUAACCCAGUGUGAAAUUGCAAUGAGAUUAGGGUUUACAGACUGAUUUCAUGGUGCAGAUGGAAGCGUUGAAAUAGGUGCAUUUUACAUUCUGCGUGUGCAUUAUACUUAAUAUUGGUUUUCUGCACGUGACAACGUUUCACACUGUGUGGAAAAGAAAUACCAUGAUAAGGAACAAUAGGAAAAAUAAGUUAAAAACGUGUGUCGUGUAUGGACCAUACCAGGGCAUAUGUGUAGAGAACAAAACAGUUAAUUAAGGUUGCUGUUUUGUAAACAAUAACCUUUUUUUCUAGUUUGCGAUGGAUUGUGUUUUCUGUGAUUUUGGCCACUGACGUUUCACUCUGUUUUAUAGUGCAAUUAUGUCAUUAUUCAUUACAGUAUUCAGAAAUUCAUAUUUUUGCCUAUUGAAAUUGUAAAAUAAUAACAAUAGUAUACUCUCAAUUAAAUGCUAUUUUGUUUUAAAUGUAUAAACUAGCUGCUGUAAUCUAACAAGCAUGCUCACUGUGUGUAUGUCAUUCACAACAAUCAAAGGAAUGGAAUCUAGAACUAUAACACUUUCUACAUGAUGCACUU